GUUUUACUUAGUCGACAUUAAAAACAAAUUAAAAUCACGUAAACAACGACACGACACAAAAUUUAAAUUGAACCGGAAUUAUUUACCUAACCGGUUUUCUUUGUUCGUUCUCUUAUCCGAAAAUUUCGAGACCUCGGUCGGACAAAUCUAUCUCGGUGUGUCCUAAGACUAAGAGGAGGACGAUUCAACUGAAGCAGCGAUGAUGUUGAGGACACAGAGAUGGGAGCAUCUUACUACUUUGAGAUCGGUUCGUUCCCAUUCAAUUCAGACAGGUACUCUGAGAAAUGCUUACGAGUUCUUCUGCGAACGAGGCUUUUCUAGCGGUCUCACCAGCGAUAGAAAUCUCUCUUACAAAGAGAAACUGAGAAGUGGGAUUGUUGGAAUCAAGAAAGAUGAUGCUGGAGGACUAUGUAAGAAAGGGUCGCUGUCUGAAGCGAGACUGUUGCUUAGGAAGAUGGAAGAGGAUGGGAUUGCGCCAGAUAGUGGUCCAUACAACACUCUCAUCAGGGCACAUCUCCGAGAUGGUGACGUAAGCAUUUCAGUUGAACUCAUCGAAGAAAUGAAGAGGUGUGGCUUCUCUGCAGAUGCUUCCACUGUAAAGAUGGUUAUGGAUAUGUUAUCGGAUGGUAGAUUGGACAGAAGCUUUCUAGACAUGCUUUCUUAAAUGCCUCAUCCAACUAAGUGCCGGUUAGUGUUUACAAGUUGACUGGGUUUUAUUAGUUGAAACAAGUUUUUUUUAUGUCUAAGGGCAAUGUGGCUUCUCUGGUCUGCCCUUAAGUUACAUUAUAGGCAUUUCUAUGCGAAAGGUUUCUUGGCUUAGGAAAGGUUUUGGAAAUUUUCUAGAUGUUAAACACGACUGAGCAAGCUCUUCUUUAAGCCCUUUCUCACUAUGCUCAUCUGUAUACUUUUGCUGUUUAGGUUUUACUUGUAAUGUUAUGAACAAAUCUGUUAUUUCUCUAGUUUGUUUUGGAAAUUGUUUUUUCGGUA